AUGGAUAAUCAGCAGUCGGAAACGGAAAAUUACUACAAGUAUCAAAUUAAAUAUUUUAAAUUUUUGGGUCUUUGGCGAAUUUCUAAAGAUAUUCCGCCAAAAGGUCUACGUUUUGUACUCUUCUUUUUGUUGGUCUGUAUCAUGUUGUUACUAUUUGCUUUGCAAGUUAUUUGCAAUCUAUCGGAUAUUCAGGAGAUUUUAAAAGUUUUUUUUAUGUUUGCCACCGAAGUGGCUUGCAUGGCCAAAUUAUUGCAUUUGCGGGUAGAGGAAAGACAACUACAGGAAUUGCCCAUGCUUAUGCAAUCCGAGGAUUUUAUAGCUUGCAAUGAGGAGGAGCGUAAAAUCAAGGCAAAAUUUAUGUCAUUGGCAGUUAAGUUAAGAAAUUCAUAUGGACUAUCUUCAGUGGUGGCUGCUAAUCUUAUUUUAUGUGCCUCGUUGCUUUUGGAUGACAUCGAAUUACCCUUAUCCAUGUAUGAGCCUUGCUCUUCGAAAGAUCGUGGUUGCUUCCUUGGAUUGUACUUGUUCCAGGUGAUUUCGUUAGAGUUAACUUGCUGGCUAAAUAUCGCAUUCGACUCCAUGAUAUAUGGUCUACUCUGCUAUUGCCAAGGGUUGUUGGAAAUUUUGGCUAUACGGCUGGAGAAUUUAGGUGCAGCCACUAACCCUCUGGAACAGCGAUUACUAGCUAAUCGCCUAAGGGAUUGUUGCAUCUAUUAUAAUCAUAUAACACGUCUUAAGGAUCUGGUAGAACUACUUAUUAAAUUGCCUGGUUCACUGCAGAUGUUGUGCUCGAUUUUGGUUUUGGUCUCGAACCUCUAUAGCUUGUCCUCUAUGUCUGUGGCCGGGCAAGCUCCUUUAAUGCUGAAAACUGUAAUCUAUCAAAUGGUCAUGUUACUGCAAAUCUUUAUGGUAUGCUAUGCAUCCAAUGAGGUAACCCUACAGAGUUCUCGUCUCUGUAAUGCUCUCUAUAGUUCGCAAUGGUUCACCUGGAAUAUGGAAAACCGUCGCACGGCAUAUCGAUUAAUGCUGCGAUUUAGUGCUCCUCUCUCGGUCAGGACUUUAAAUCCCACAUUCACCUUUAGUUUGACUGCGUUUGGUUCUAUUGUCAACUGCUCGUAUAGCUAUUUUGCUUUAUUGAAAAGGGUUAACAGCUAA